GUGACAACAGAGCGUCUCUCUCGUCUCCCGAGAAAACAAGUCUUAGCGGACGCAAUUUUCGUGCGAUGGAGAGCGACUGCACGGACUGAAUUGCCUUCAACCCACAUUUACUAAGUUUACAAUAGUUUACAAGGGAUACGCGCUUGUCUUUGGAUCUUCAUGACAAGUUAGCCAACCUGUUUCGGUAAGGAAGCUAGCCGUGUAGCUAAAACAGCUAUUUGACGUCCCGUGCUAAUACCACACUCAGGUUAACGGUUAGGGUCAUGUUCACUGCUUCAGCCUACUAACUGCUGCACAGGUUAACACCGCACGUUUAGGUGUUCUGUGUCUGACAUUACGAUGUUUCCGUGUUCCCUGUGGAGCUUCAGUUGGCACGCACACGCCCAAAUCAGAGGCUAACAUUAAAAUUGCUUAAAACUUGCUGCAAGUUGAUGCAAAGUAGUUCUGGAGAUUAGAAAGGAAUUUAAUCCAACAGAUUGUCUCUCCUCUUGCCUGCCCACUCCUGUGUGCCAUGUGGGAGUAAACCUUCCCAGGUGGGUGCCAUGCUAGCCAUACAGAUGCCAGACACGCCACCUGAGGCUAAAGAUGUCAGACAGAUCAAAGAGAAGCUGGCACAGUCGCUCAAGGCUCUGCAGAAGCGAUAUGUAACGUCGGACGCCGUGGUAACCAGCGAAGAUGGUGAUGCUAACCUCCUCUGCUGCGCCCUGGAGGCCAUCUUCAUCCACGGUAUCAAGAGCAAGUACGUCCGCACGGUGGCUGGGAGCCGCAGUAGGAAGGGAGACCGGGGGCCCCUCCCUCAGCCUUUCUUCUGGAGCCUCCUCAAGACCGUCACCCACCGUGAUGUGAUCACAGAGCUGGAGAAAAUCAGCUUCGUGAGCACAGACGUGGGUCGCUGCCGAGCGUGGCUUCGGCUGGCCCUUAACCACGGCCUGCUUGAGUGCUACCUCACAUCGUUGUUUCGGGAGGACUCGAAGCUCCAGGCCCACUAUCAGCCCAGUGCCUUGCUCCUGAACACUGAGGAGCGGGAAGUUCUGCUCAGCUACCUCCAGGGUCUGGCAUCACUGACAUUCAGCCUUUCUUACAAGUCCGCCGUCCUCAACGAAUGGACCACCACGCCGUUGGCUCUCGCCGGACUCUGCCCCUUUCUCCAGGCAGACGCACUCGACCUGCCCGUCAAUGGCGGAGACUUUACCCCCUCCAAGUGCAAAGAAUCAUGGGAUACGGUUUCUCAGUCGUCAAGCUCAUCUGACGCGCUGGAUCUGCAGAGAGGCUGCCCAGCGAUGCUGUUGGCGAGAGGGUCAGGUGUGUUUCAAGGUGAUGGGACUGGACUCAACUCAUCUAAUUUAAGCCUGGACACCACUGGCUCCUCUCAGCUCUCCUCCAGCUUGAGUUCUGACAGCCUCUUGCAGGGGCAGGACCCCCGCAGCCUGACAGGAGAGCAGUGGUCUUCAUGUGACCUGGACGCACCCAUUAGUGUCAGCACCAAGAGGCCACAGAAGGAUUCUCUGACUGAGUUUCGGGAGAGCGGCCACUGCAGUCAGGACUCCAUGCGAGAAGACUCCUUUGUCUCCAGUACGGGUCCAGAUCAGUUCUCAGAGAUGGCCAUUUUCAGUGGCUCUGACAGUGAGGCCCAGGAUCCCCCCACACCAUCGCAAGACCAACCCCCAGACUCUGUGCUGUCUGACUCAGAGCCACCACCAACACCCCUCGAGCUGCCAUCAUUGGACGAGAAUCACGUUGACUGCAGUCCCUCUGAAGAGUACACUGGUGCCUCUUCUGAGUUAGACUUGGACGCAGACGUGGUCUCGACAGUCAGCGAGCCUGUGGAGGAAGUGCACACAGCCGAGGUUGAGAAGACUAAUGAACCUGUUCAGGAAGACAUAAAAGCUGAGACCUCGGAGCCUCCAGCACAUCAAGUCCCGCGUCGCUCAACUAGCAUCCUUAGCAGGAACUUGUCCACAGAUUCCGUGUCAAAUUCUCGAUCGUGGAUCUCUGAGGACGACAUCUACAAGCCCCACCUGGAGCAGGUGUCGGACCAGGAUGAGGUGCCUCUUUUUGCUCCAGCAGAUGAGGUCAAGGCUUCCCAGAUGCCUCCCAGCGUGGUCCAUCGAAGACAAAUAGGGCUAACCAACCCGUUUCGUGGCUUGCUGAAGCUCGGUCAUCUGGAGCGGCGAAGUGCCGUCGGGUUGUGGCGGGACUACUACUGUGAGCUGUCACUCUACGAGUUCCGCCUCUACAUCAACGCAGAGGAGCGGACAUGUUACGACAACUGCUCCCUGGUGCGCUGUGAGGAUGUUCGCAUCUCCUCGUCGGAGGGACGCUUCGAGUUGGCCUUUCCUGGGAAACGGCUGUACCUUCGCGCAGCCAAUCGUGAUGAAGCUGAGGACUGGGUGGACCGGAUAGUCGAGGCCGUCAACAAGUGUCGGCCGACAUCUCGUGCUGAUGAGCAGUGGGAGGUGCUGGUCCCCUACAGUGAGAACGGGGUUGAUGUGUUGUCUCCGUCCUCCACCCCAUCCAGCCCUGAACGAGGUUUAUCAUCCACUGACUCGGGGACAUGUGGAGGGCAGGAGGCAACUCCUCCUCCUCCACAGGAAUUCGACUGGACUCGGACUGCUGAUUUGGAAACAGAUGCCAUCAAAGAAGCUGUUUUGUACUUGUCCGUAGAUCCUGAGGCUCGGACGUGGGUACCUCUGGUCUUCUCCCUGUCUUUGGAGGCACUGAAAGGCUUUCAGGUACAAGAGGGAAGAAAGUUGCUGCGGCAAACUUACUCUAUUGAGGAAAUCCGGGAUGUGGUGCCGGACGUCUCCCUGGGAGGACCGGCCUUUUUCAAACUCCUGACUGUCAAGGAGACUCUUAGACUGAGAGCAGAGAACGCAGAGGAGGCUCGCUCGUGGAGGGUUUUGGUCCGUGGAGCUCUGGACUCCUACCUGGAGAGCGGGGACAAUGGGGGCUCUGGUGAGCCUGCAGUGGCACACCUGGGUGUUACUGGAAAUCUCCACAGACUGGUGCAGUACAGACUAAAAGAGAAUGGAGCGCUUCUAGUUCAUCUGUGCACUGUGCCCUCAGAGAAAGGCCUGGACGCGCAGAGCUUCAAAUGUGCAGGCUGUCCUCAGCAGAUUGGCCCGUCCCUGGGCCGAGCCAGGCUGUGUCAGUUCUCAGGCCAGUACUACUGUGAGUCCUGUCACCGUGGUGACACCACCAUCAUCCCCUCACGCAUGGUGCACAACUGGGACCUGGCACAACGUGAGGUGUCUAAGAAGGCCCUGCGGCUGCUGGCUCAGGUAGAGCAGGAGCCGCUGCUGAACCUGGAGCAGCUGAACCCUGAGCUGGUGAGGCACGCUGAGUCCAUGGCUGAGGCUCACAGCCUGCGGCAGAGGCUGCGCCUGCUGGGCGACUACCUGCUCUCCUGCCGCAGCGGAGACUGCAAGAAGCUCCAAGCCAGAAUGAAGCAGCGAACGUACCUGUUGGAGUUGAGCCAUCUGUACAGUGUCAUGGACCUACGACAGAUAGCAGAGGGCCAGUAUGCAGCCUACCUGAUGACACUGAUACAGUACGCCUCCAACCACGUGUUGCACUGCGACCUGUGCACACAGCGGGGCUUCAUUUGUCAGAUAUGCCGCUCUGACGACAUCAUCUUCCCCUUCCAAUUCGACAGCACCACCAGGUGUCAAGACUGUAAGACUGUGUUUCACCUGAGCUGCAAAGCUGCUGGCGACUCGUGUCCUCGCUGCCAGCGAAUGAAGAGAUACCUGGAGAGGGAUCUGCAGGACUGACCUGCGGCUACAGACCUUUUGUUCCCAGCCUCUAGCUUUCACAUGAAGUAACCUCAAGUGCAAUUACAAGCGCGAGUCACCUGCCCUAACUGACCUUAAAACCUGCGAGGCUGGAAGAGCCUCAGCGCCGCAGUAGCUCGACUCUCUUGCACUAAUUAACGAUGAGGACGUAACGCAGCCGAACGUUACUAACCGGUGACUUUCACGCCUCUCUCGACGGGGCAGCGUCGAAGGUCGCCGCCAAGAUAUGUUGACAUUUUACUUUGUUUGUCUUACUGUGUCGAGUGCUGCAUUAUCGUGCCAUCAUGUGGUACAUCCUGCAUUUGUGACGGAUACACAAAGUGACACAUUCAGCCGCGCUGCAGCAGCGAGGUCGAGUACUGCACAUGCAAAAUGUUGUUGAAAUCAGCACUUGAAAUGUUCUAAUUAACAGAUUUUGAUUGUGCCUUCUUUUUAAUUUAAGCUUUAUUUUCCUCUUGGUGCGUCUUUAAUUCAGGGCUGGAAAGCAUCACAUCAGGCUGUUUUGUUAAUUUGCCAUAAACAUGAGACGAAGUUGCAGUGCUGCAUUAGAUGCUCAUAUGUGUGACGGUAAAAAUCAGUUGCCACGAAGACUUUGUGGAAUGUUUCUCUCCUGUGUGUGGUCGUUUAAAUCUCACAAACAGGCGUUUGUGUAUGUGAUUUUAAAAUAACGCAAAAUGUUCAGAGGGGACAUUUAAGGAAUAUAUUUGGCGAAACAUUUGUCAUGUGAUGAGCCACGCUGAUGAAAUCCACAGUUGCUGAAGUGAACGAGCGGCAGAAAGAUUUUGAAAACAUUUUGGGACGGGGAAAUGAUCAGGUCCUGAAAUCAAAACAUUUUUUUGCACAUUUGCACUCAGCUAUGACUGUUAAAUUCAUAUUCACACCCACUCAAAACAACUGCUCAAACGUCGUCGCAGCAAAACCUGAGUUUUCUUUCUCAUUCUCAUUCAUUCUUGAAUGUUUAAGGUUUACUUAUCAAAUCCAUUUUCUUAUAUGCAGAACAUAUCAGCUGUGUGUGGCAAACAGAAUACUGCAGCACUGUUACUCCUGUUGUUUUUUUACUUUCAUUGCAGUGAUUGUCUAUAAUGUAUAAAGGACCAUUAUGAAAUAAAUAUCAGCGUGAUCUCUG